AUGGAGGAAAAUGGUGAUAAUUCCGUACGAAAAAUUACGGAGUUACGCACCGACCUGGACCAGAUGCGAGCGGCACUCCAGCGAUUAGAGGAGCUCCUCGCGAACCAGUCGGCAGCCGCCACAGCAGCAGCAGACGUAGCAGCGAAUACUGCAGCGACGAUAGCAGCAGCAGCGGCGACACUGACAGUUCACCAACCAGAAGCCAGAAUGAAUCUUGAGGCGGCACGUCCGAGGAUACCGGAGGCGUUUAAUCCGAAUGCGAGAGACGCCGACGUCCGUCGAUUCAUUGCGACACUCGAAAUUUAUUUCGAGGCCGUUGGCUGUACGACCCCGACACACGAUGCAAUGAGGAUUCGGCUCGCAGCAACACUGUUACGAGGCCCGGCGCUCGAGUGGAUUUACAACAGUAAGGAGAUCCGAGGCGAGGGGUCAUGGACGCAGUUUCGGGCAGCUUUAAUUCAACGUUUCGAACCGAUCAAUUCCAGCUACAUGGCGCGGCAGCAGAUUCAUCGGCACAAACAGUACGGCAGUGUAACACAGUACACGCAGCAGAUGGAGAGCCUCUUCAACCGUAUUACCGACUUGACAGAAGGGGGAAAAAUCUAA